ACACACACACACACAUAUAAUUAAACUUGCAAUUAGUUCUUUCCUUAGAAAGAAGCAAGACAACAUGCAUAUAUAUGCAGCUAGCAGUACUGAAGGCAUUAAGCAAUCCAGUUAAGCCAAAUUAGAUGGUUGCUUCAAAAAGUCAACAAUAUUUGACACAACUGUUAAUUAUAGAUUACCACAUUCUCUCUCUCUCGCUCUCUCUGUGUGCCAGAUGCUCACUAUAAUCUCUAUUUCCACUGCUUUCUCUGCAACAUAAAUCCUCGUACAUAUAUAAACCAAGGUCCACAGCACAACAAAUAAACAAACCAAAUCAUCUUCCAACUUCAGCCCCUACUCGUAUCCCACCAUUCUGUCUGCUAAAUUCUUCUUCCUGUAAUAUUUCUUGCCUUUUAAGCACUCUUCUCCCCAAUCCCCAAGUUCAUUCUCUCUCUCUCUCUCUCUCUCUCACACACACACACACACAUACAACUAUAGCUCUACGUAUAGCAUGCCUGAAUGUCCAGAGAAAGGUAAUAAAACGACAGAUCUGAAUGUCCAGAGAAAGGGAGAGAUUUGAAGAUAUAGGCAAGAAGAUCAAGAGAGAAACCGAUGCCUCGGCUCAAAUGGUGGGAAGGAGACAUAUGUUGGGGCCUCCUGGAACCCUAAACACAAUCACACCUUGUGCCGCCUGCAAGCUCUUGAGAAGAAGAUGUGCUCAAGAAUGCCCCUUCUCUCCUUAUUUCUCUCCACAUGAACCACAAAAGUUUGCUUCUGUUCACAAAGUGUUUGGUGCAAGUAAUGUUUCGAAGAUGUUGAUGGAGGUCCCGGAGAGCCAAAGAGCUGAUGCUGCAAAUAGUCUUGUUUAUGAGGCUAAUGUGAGGCUAAGAGAUCCAGUUUAUGGUUGCAUGGGUGCAAUUUCGGCUUUGCAACAACAAGUUCAAUCUUUACAAGCUGAGCUCAAUGUAGUAAGGUCUGAAAUACUGAGAUACACAUAUAGGGACACUAAUAUUAGCAUUCCUUCAUCUCAUUUAGCUUUGCUUUCUUCUGGGGCUGUUUCAAUUGCUGCACCACCAUCAGCCCUAUUGCCAUUGCCGCCGCCACCACCACCACCUCCUCCUCCUCCUCCACCUCCUCCUUUUCCUCCCACUUCUUCAUCUUCUUCUUUGUACACCCCACCUUCCACUAGUACAGCCGCCACCCACUAUAGCACCAUUUCUAAUGCAAAUGUAUCCUACUUUGAUUUAAUUCCUAGGUGAAAUUUUUCAGUAAUUUAUUUUAUCAAAUAUUAUGUAUCAAGUGAAAUAGGAUGACUAAAAGAUUAUUGGAAUUAUUGAGUCGUUGAUUAUUUUGGUUCCUGUCUUAAUCUAUGAUAGAAAUCCACAUUAAUUUAUCCUAAGAUAUUAUUGGUUAAGAUGUAUCUUUAU